AUGGCCAACUGGAUAGCGCAAGUCAUUGGCUUGGCAGCAUUGGCAAAUCAAGUCGCUGCCAAACUGUUAACAGUGCCGUCAACACCAUAUGACGCAAAGGCAGAGAGUUACUCCCUUCACAACCUCAAGAAGAUCAUCCUUGACUCUCGUCAUGCCAAAUCCGUCAACACUCAAGGCUUGACUCUGAUUCCACCAACACUGGAGGAAUUCACCAAUACAUUCAAGAGUGAUGUCAACUCAGCCCUCGGUUUGGACUUGCCCAUUGUUAGCGGUGACAAAGCAGGCCCUGAUGCCAUCUUCAUUACGCUCGAUUCAACCACCAAGUUCCAAGACGUGGCAGGCAGAAACACAUCCGAAGGAUACAAGAUCUCAGUAAACGACAAUGGAAUCACAAUUGCCGGUGCAAGUCCACUUGGUGCGUGGUGGGGAACCCGCUCUAUACUUCAGGCUGCUGUUCUGAAUAAGAAUACCAUCGCUCACGGGGAGGGUCUCGACACCGGCCGUCACUUCUACCCACCGGAGUUCUUCAUCGAAAUGUGCUCCUACAUCUCAUUCUUCAAACAAAACACCAUCCAGAUUCAUCUCAGCGACAACAUCAACAACUACCCGGAGAGAUACUCACACGAACGCACAUUCAGUCUGUACGGCUCAUUCCGCCCCUGGUCUGACGACCCAGCCGUCGCGGGCUUAAACACCCGCAGAAACGAAUCCUUUACACGCCAAGAAUUCGACUUGAUUCAGCAAAAGUGUGCGCAGCGUGGCGUGACCAUCAUACCGGAGAUCGAGGCCCCAGGCCAUGCCCUCGAAAUUGUGAAAUGGAAGCCUGAGCUGGGACUACCCGACCUGAGCAUGUUGAAUAUCUCCCACCCGGAUACCAUUCCAACCAUGAAGAAAAUCUGGUCCACCUUUCUUCCGUGGUUUCAUUCAAAAGUUGUGCACAUCGGAGCGGAUGAAUACGACAAGAAGCUUAUAGCAGAUUACACACGCUUCGUCAACGAAAUGGCUGCGCAUAUUAAGAAAGAAUCUGGGAAGAGCAUGCGCAUCUGGGGCACAUUUACCCCCAAGCAAGGAGCUAAUAUCUCCAAGGAGAUUACUAUUCAGCACUGGUCGAACCCCACGGAUAACGCGUGGAACGACCUCAUCAAGAAUGGGUAUCAGGUGUUAAACUCAGAAAAGGCGUUUUAUCAUGUGAGCAAGUACUAUGCUGUUGGUGAGCCUCCGUGGAAGCACAACGCAUUUUAUGGAAAUCCUGCUGGAGGUGCAUUCUCGCCAAACAUCUUUGAUGUGACGAAUGCCACGAACAAUCCGCCACGGGAUACGCCCGGUAUUCAGGGCCACUUGGCGGCUGUGUGGAACGACUGGGGACCAAAUGGGACGACGUAUUUGGAGACGUAUUAUGCUGUUAGGGAUGCGCUUCCUGCGUUGGGAGAUAAGCAAUGGGGUGGUGAUUUGACUGAGGCAGAGUACGACGGCAUCAUUGAGCGGCUGAGAGAUGCUAUUCCUUCUCAGAAUCUCGACAGAAAGAUCACGUCAAAGACGGACGUUAUUCUCGACUACAAGUUCACGUCGUGUCGUAGUCGACCUGGUUUCGUCAAAGAUAGAUCCGGCAACAAAUAUCAUGGUACUAUCCGGGGGCAAGGUUGCAAACUCUCCAACGGAACGCUAUCCCUUUCUGGGAAAUGCUAUCUCGAGACGCCGCUCCGUAGCAAAGGGCGUAACUAUACGCUCUCCUUUUCUGUGAAGCCACACAAUUCCAACCGCCAGGCAAAACUGUUUUCUGGGCCAGAUUCGACACUCCUGGCUGCGGAGCCUGUAAGUGGAAAUGUCAGCAUGCUCAGCGGCGGACAGUACUACACACUGAAUUACACUCUGCCGGUGAAUGUGUGGAGUAACGUGUCGGUGAUUGCGAGGGGGAACCAGACGUUUUUAGAGGUUUCCAACGCUGAUGGGGGUGGGAAGACGAAGAUGGAGUUUUUGACGAAGCUGGGCAUUUGGGGGGUGAGGUUUGUUUGGGGGCCGAUGGCGUUUGAGGCGCCACUGGAGAGAAUUGGUGAUGGGUUUGUGGGACAGAUGCGGGAUGUGAAGUUAUUGGGGAGUGCGUGA